AUGUUGAGAUUUUUGCGGCGAACUUUUCGGCGAAAAAAUGACAACCGAAAGCGGAACGUUCGCAAGACCGGCCCGGCGCUUCCUACUGGUCAGCACAUUCCAGCGCCGGCGAAAUGCAGGGAUUUCAUCCCCUGUCAUGUGAUUCUCCUGGAUGGAUCGGAAAUUCUAGUCGAUGUUCCGAGAAAAGAAAAGGGCGAGUAUCUUUUCCGAAAAAUCGUCAUCGCCCUCGAUUUGAUCGAAGAAGAUUACUUCGGUCUCCAAUUUAUGGACAAGCAUCAAGUUGCCCACUGGCUUGACAAGACCAAGAAAAUCAAGAAGCAAAUAUCCAUCACACCGCCAACUUUUCAUUUCCGCGUAAAAUUUUACACCUCGGAGCCGAAUAUCUUGAACGAAGAGCUCACUCCUCCCUGCACGCCGGAGAAGGCCGUUACUCUGGCAUCUCUGGCGCUGCAAUCAGAACUGGGCGGAUUCGACCCGGACGUCCACAAUUUAUUCUUCCUUUCUGAAUUCCGAUUCAUUCCAAAACAAGAUGAAGAGUUCGAAGUUGCAGUUCUCGAAGCCUACAAAAACCUAGACAAGAAUAUGACCCCCGCGGAUGCUGAGAAGCGCUACCUAGAGGAAGCAAUGUAUCUGGAACACUACGGUGUAGACAUGCACAGUGUCAAAUCAAAAACGGACGGAAACGAGUACCGACUCGGUUUAACUCCAUCAGGCGUGCUCGUCCUCGAGGGUGAUCAAAAAAUGGGCUUGUUCUUUUGGCCGAAUAUUUUGAAGCUCGACUUCAAGGAACGAAAACUAGUGCUGGAAGUAACUGACGGCGAUAAUGGAGAUAGCGAGCCAACGAAGCAUAAAUUCGUCUUCCUACUCGACAAUUCGAAGGCGUGCAAACACUUGUGGAAGUGCGCAGUCGAACAUCAUACGUUCUUCCGUCUGAACAACCCGGUUAAUGCUGCUGAUCAGAAAAAGACCUUCAUACGCGUUGGUUCGAGAUUCCGCCCAAGCUUCAGAACUGAAGUUCAGCUCCGUCGAAAUGCCAGUGAGCGUAGAUCUGUUCCUUUCGAGAGAAAACCAUCCCGUCGCUAUUCCCGCCGCUCUUCUUUCUCCCACUCUGUCCGCCGCGUCCAAGUUUCAGGCGGCGGGCCUGACGAUCAUUUCCGCCGCUUCAUCCCCGCUGAAGGUCCUGCCGCUGCUCCAACUAGGCCUAACAAUCCAAUCGGUGGAUUGCGAAUGGCCAGACCGACGCGAGACGACUCUUCCAGAAGCAACGAAGGAAGGGGAGACAAAGAGGUCGAAACUCGCCGACCCGUUCUAUUUAUCGAGAAGCUUUAA